GAUACGUGUUUUACCAUGUGGAUUUACGAACAGAUAGUUAUGUCACUGACAGUACACGUACAGAUGAUUAUGGGCAACCCAUGAGAAUUAGGGGGUAGGUCUAUCUUUAUCUCUUAUAGAGCAUACUUGGAAAUGGGACGAUAUGUCUGAUUCAUCCGAUCCGCAAGGUGGCAGCAUUGAGAAUGUGGACGUCGAACAAAAUCAGCAGAACCAGUCACUACUUCCUUUGCGCUGUGGAUUCAUGUGCGUUAUUGUUUAUCUUUGAAUGCAAAUGUGUUUAUUGCAAACUGGGAUUGCAAUUAUUUCCUGAUAUAACUGUACUGGCUUCUCAGUAAACCGACUCUGAACACCCAUGCCCGCCUCAGAUUGUUGCCUUCGUCUCUGCAGAUGAUGACCAGCUCUGUCUUUAAAGGAGAGGACAAGACAUCCCCCACAUGGUUCCAUCCUAGAGCUACAAGACCCUGAGACAUUAGUUUAACAGAACACGUUUCUCUGCCCAGAUUGAGACUAGGGGUGAUGUUCCCCUACUCAGAUGUUAUUUCAUCAACCAUUGCUAUAACAUGAUGUGGUUAGUUGAAACUUAAAAUACAUAUCCAGGCGUUGUGAGAUCAUGUCAGGCGUCAGCAACUUCUGAGCAGAGGAACGCUUCUUACAUCAACUCAAAAUAGAGGGAGGAGAUUCACUGCAUAGCGUUAACCUGAAUCAUCUCAAAAUGGCUGCUAUCGUGAGACUCCACAGACUAACGAAGGAUCAACUGUCUCUUGCUGCUCAGGAGAACAAUAACAAACCAGGCAGAAAACCAACAAAGAAGAAGAACUCCACCACCAGAGGAAGGAACCAAUCCACAGGAAAAGGAAACAACUCUGCUGACAGUGAAAGUGUUUGUAGCCAGGUAUCAUCGGCCCCUAAGUGGUGGGGUCGCCCCAAGGGAAGCAAAAACAAACCCAAGAUAAGUCUACAACUCUCCAGCGCCAUCUUGAGGCCUGACGAGGUAAAACAAGAGGUGAAACAAGAGAUGGACGAGCUGCCUAUCGGUACAAGAAGUGAUGAACACUGGUUGAACUCUGUGAAGACAGAGAGCUACGACCCAGAGAUGGGUAACACCAGGGGACCUACAGAGAGCGACCCCAGGACAGAUGCACAUCAGCUGGGUAUCAAGACGGAGGAUGCCCCCCUGUACCACCAGGAUGGAGGGAGGCGGCUGCGGUCGGCUACCGUUCAGCUGUUCAAUCUGGCUGCGUUGCGGUCUGAGCCGGAAUGGUGGCCUCGCAACCAGAAGGUCCGCCGGUUUCCGUGUCCAGACUGCGGCCAGAAGUUCUUCUCCAAAACCACGCUGGAGUUACACUCCCGGAUCCACACCCAGUACCAGCCGUACUCCUGUGAGGUGUGCCAUAAAACCUUCUCCCGGAAAGGCGGUCUGGUCGAGCACCGACCAAUCCAUGAGGUGGAACGUCCCUUCGCCUGCCUCCAAUGCGGCAGAACCUUCACGUUCAAAUCCAACCUGACCCGCCACAUGCGGUUCCACAGCGACGCGCGGCCCUACGUCUGCUCCCAGUGCGGCCAAGGCUUCAAGAUCUCCGCCCAACUCAAGAGCCACAUGAUUUCCCACAGCGGGUAUAAACCGUACGUGUGCCCGGAGUGCGGCCAGAGUUUCGUCCGUUACAUGAGUCUGAAGUAUCACCGGCUGAGCCACACCGGCGAGCGCCCGCUGUCCUGCCCAGAGUGUCCCAUGACCUUUGCCCGGCCGCACACCCUUAUGAUCCACCGACGACAACACACCGGGGAGACGCCGUUCUCUUGCCAGGACUGUGGGAAGAGGUUCAAACAGGGGUGCCAACUGAAAGACCACGUUAGAAGGAAACACACAGGGGAGAAACCAUACAAAUGCUCCGAGUGUGACAAGUGCUUCGUCACUUCGGCGUCUCGUAAAGUACACAUGGUUGUCCACACAGGAGAGAAGCCGUACAAAUGCACAGAGUGCUGUAGGAGCUACAGUCAGAGUGGGGGCCUGAAGAGGCACAGGUGUGAGCAGCAAACCAGAUGAUGACCAGCUCGGUUUUUAAAGGAGAGGACCAGACAUCCCCCACAUGGUUCCAUCCUAGAGCUACAAGACCCUGAGACAUUAGUUUAACAGAACACGUUUCUCUGCCCAGAUUGAGACUAGGGGUAAUGUUCCCCUGCUCAGAUGUUACAUUCAUCAACCAAUGGUUGCCUGCCACAACAUCAACGGUGUUAUAGACUGACAGCUAUAACAUGAUUUGGUUAGUUGAUACAAUGCCUGGAUAGGUAUUUUAAGUAAGAUCUGUCAGGCGUCAGCAACUUUUGACCAGAGAAACUCGCCUUACAUCAACUCAAAAUGGCUGCUGUCGUUUCUUUACCUAUCGUGAGACUCCACAGACUAACGAAGGAUCAACUGUCUCUCGCUGCUCAGAAGAACAAUAACAAACCAGGCAGAAAACCAACAAAGAAAAACUCCACCACCAGAGGAAGGAACCAAUCCACAGGAAAAGGAAACAACUCUGCUGACAGUGAAAGUGUUUGUAGCCAGGUAUCAUCGGCCCCUAAGUGGUGGGGUCGCCCCAAGGGAAGCAAAAACAAACCCAAGAUAAGUCUACAACUCUCCAGCGCCAUCUUGAGGCCUGACGAGGUAAAACAAGAGGUGAAACGAGAUGGACGAGCUGCCUAUCGGGACAAAAAUUGAACACUGGUUGAACUCUGUGAAGCCAGAGAGCUAUGACCCAGAGAUGGGUAACACCAAGGGACCUCCUACAGAGAGCGACCCCAAGACAGAUGCACAUCACCUGGGUAUCAAGGCAGAGGCUGCCCCCCUGUACUUCCAAGAUGGAAGGAGACGCCUGCGGUCGGCUACCAGCCAGCCGUUCAAUCUGACUGCAUUCCGGUCCGACCCAGAACGGCGGCCUCGCAACCAGAAGGUCCGCCGGUUUCCGUGCCCAGAUUGUGGACGGAAGUUCUUCUCCAAAACCACGCUGGAGUUCCACUCCCGGAUCCACACACAGUACUGGCCGUACUCCUGCGAGGUGUGCCAUAAAACCUUCUCCCGGAAAGCCUGCUUGGACGACCAAUCCACGAUGCGGAACGUCCUUUCAUCUGCCCGCAGUGCGGCAGGACCUUCACAUUCAAAUCCAACCUGACCCGGCACAUGCGUUUCCACAGCGAUGCGCAGCCCUAUGUCUGCCCCCAGUGCGGCCAAGGCUUCAAGAUCUCCGCCCACCUGAAGCGUCACAAGACGGCCCACAGUGGGUGUAAACUGUACGUGUGGCCAGAGUUACAUGAGUCUGAAGUAUCAUCGGCUGAGCCACACCGGCGAGCGCCCGCUGUCCUGACCAGAGUGUCCCAUGACCUUUGCCCGACCGCACUUCCUUAUGGUACACCGGGGAGACGCUGUUCUCUUGCCAGGACUGUGGGAACCAGGUCAAACAGGGGUGCAAGCUAAAAUACCACGUCAGAAGGAAACACACAGGGGAGAAACCUUACAAAUGCUCCGAUUGCGACAAGUGCUUUGUCACUUCGGGGGCCCGUAAUGCACACAUGGUUGUCCACACCGGAGAGAAGCCGUACAAAUGCAUGGAGUGUGGUAUUAGCUACAGUCAGAGUGGGAAUCUAACGCAGCACAUGAGGAGACACACAGGGGGAGAAACCAUACAAAUGCUCCGAGUGCGACAAGUGCUUUGUCAAUUCUACGUUGCGUAAAGUGCACAUGGUUGUCCACACAGGGGAGAAGCCGUACAAAUGCACGCAGUGCGGUAAGAGCUACAGUCAAACUGGGUCCCUGAAGAGGCACAGGUGUAAGAAGAAACCCAGGUGAGAGGAACCUCUGGGGUACAUCCCAAAUGCCUCCCUAUAAAGUGCACUAGGGCCCACAGGGCUCUGGUCAAAAGUAGUGCACUAUAUGGAAUAGGAUGCCAUUUGGGACACCGUCCCAGUGUUCUCAGUGUCGGAACUGGAGAGCAACGGAGAGUCGAUCCUUAAAAUGAGCCCAGGUGAAAGGAACCAGGUUAUAGGAUUCUCCGGUGUUCUGAGUAGGGAAACUGGACUUUAUACAGGACUUAAAAAGGGACAAUCUGUGAUUGGUACAUUCAUUUUUGGACUUUUUGGACACGUAGCCAUUGAUUCUUGAAAAAUAUAAUUUAUAACUGCCUCAUGAACUUACUGCAGUUAAACUGUCCCCAGUAGAACUCAAAAUGUAAGAUCACCUGACCAGGGAAAUCUCUAGGCCUAUUCACUCUUCUAUCAAUUAUUUAACCCUCAAUGAAAUCAACCACUUUCACUGUGAUGCAGUUUAACUUACCUGAUGUGUGUUGUAAAUGUUCAAGGGAGGUUUCCCGGACACAGAUUAAGCCAAAUCCUGGACUAAAAAGCAAGAGAAUCUCCAUUGAAAUAGGGUUUUUAUCCCAGGACUAGGUCCUACUUAAUAGAGAAGUUGUAUUGAAACGGCCCUGUCCAAAUGGUUGACUGAUGAAUUGAACGGAUCAAUAAACUGACUUGUUAGACUGUAUUGUGUGUAUGUGUCUCCAUAGUGGCAGCGUUGAGGCUGCUUCUGAUUGGUAACACUGGGCAGGGUCAGAGUUCAGCAGGAAACACCAUCAUUGGCAGAGACCUUCUGAGUGGACUUCUCUAUGGUUGCCAUGACCACAGAUUGUGAGAGUUAGACCGGGCCAGCUGCUACUACCGCUAGAGGGUCAACCGGACGGGCCACCCACUGCUCCCGCCACGUCGACCACACCCCGGGCCUCCCGCCACGUCGACCACACCCCGGGCCUCCCGCCACGUCGACCACACCCCGGGCCUCCCGCCACGUCGACCACACCCCGGGUCUUUCCGCCUCUCCAGGAUCUCACACGUUCCUGCUGGUGAUCAGCGGGUGAGGUUCGCAGAGGGAUACCCUCAUGAGGUGGAUCCAGGAGAACUUUAGAGAAGUCUUUAAUGUACACCAUGGUGCUGUUCACUGGGGGAGACCAGCUAGAGGGGAGACCAGUGAAGGACAACAGUCAACUGCUGCAACUAAUCAGUACCUGCAGGGGCAGAUAUCAUGUCUUCAACAACAAGGAGAAAGGUGACCACAGUCACUGAGCUGCUGGAGAAGAGAGAGGAGAUGGUGGAGAGCAAUGGUGGAAACCACUUCAAUGUCAACACACCCAGUAAGAGAGAAAGAAGGGUCUGGUGGUCACCAUGGUGAUGUUAGUGGCAGUUGGAGCUGUGUUCAAAUUGAUGGUUGAUGACUUAUGGAGCAAAAUACAAGAUGGUGAUGUGAAAAUCAAUACAUUAUGACUACAUUGAAUUACAGAGCUUUGAUCUAAAUUUUGGUUCGACUCAUUGUUGACUUUUAUUUACUCCCAUUUUAUGUGAGUUUGAAUGAUGGUCAUAUGUCAUUAAGGAGAUACAUUCUGUAUCAUACAUUGUUGUCCAACACAUUUGUAUGCCGAAGUCAAAUUCUGUAACAAAUCAUGAAAUAAAUUGAGAUUUUUUUUA